CGAACAUGAGUCCACGGCCAACUGGAGCUGGCGACAACACGAUGGAGCUGAUCGAGUCCGAACAGUCUCGCACUGGUGUGACCUGGUGCUCGCAGAUCGGCCCCUCCCCCACCCUCAGGCUUUCGGUGAGGUGCUGCGAAUAUUCGGCUCCUCGCCUCCCCUCGCCCUCGUCAGCAGCCUGCGACCGAGGCGAGUGUCAGCUGAUAUAUUAGCCGGCUCUGCCCAUGGAGAAAUCAUUCCCACCCACAGCGCCUAGCAAUCUCAAGCAUCUCUAUCAGAGGACAAGAAGAACAGACAGAACGUACAACAACAACAACACCAGCAGCAGCAGACAGGGAUCAAAACUCGAGUUUGAAUUUCGCUUUCACGAAUUCUAAUUUCCAGCUCAAGCUCAAGUUCGGUCAGGUCGACCAAAGCGUCUGAAUCGAGUUCGAAGCUUCCAUCGCAGAUCUCUGAUACCAUGGCUUCCCAAAUGAGCGCGUGCUUUUUCAUCGCCAUGGUUGUGCUUGGAGUGGCAACCGCCCAAGCUCAAGGACCUGCAGUGGCUCCGGCAACGGCUCCAUCAGUCUCGUUCACCCCUACUGUCGCCCCAGUUGCUUCGCCGCCCUCUGCUACGGUGCCCACAGUUGCUCCCGUUGUGGCUCCCGCUGUCGCCCCGACUACGCCGACUGCCCCCAUCACCACCCCCACUGUCGCCCCCACUACCCCUCCCCCCACUGCCACCCCCGUAGUCUCUCCCCCCACUGCUACUCCCAUCUCUGCACCCACGGUCUCCCCCAUCUCUUCCCCUCCUGCUGUUUCCGCCAUUGCACCCGGCCCCGUUGACCAGGACAACGCUGGAGCGAUGACAAGCCCAUUCGCAUGGACUGGUCUUGUUGUGGCCUCAGCUCUUGUAGCUGCUCUGGCUUACUAAGUAUGAGUAGAUCUAAGUGGAUCUAAGUAGCAUUUUUUUAGCCAUUCUUUCAACAUGACGUCGAGGCGUACAUAUACACAUCAAUUCUUUGUUCUGUGGUUUGAAGCGAGUGCAAGAUAGCAGCAGUCGUGGAGAUCACAGGACCAAUAAGCGAAACUGCAGUAGAGUAGACGGUCUGUCUGCGAUUGAAGGGUAUCUCCAAGCUGCAGACAUCGACCUGUAGGAAUUUUAGACAUGUAGAAUCUCUUCCUUCAUGGGUGCAGGCAUCUUAGAAGAAUUAGACUUCAGUGUAGAUUUAGAAACCGGUUUUGGAUACAUUGUUCAAGCCACAAAAGAAAUAAGAAAAUCG